GAAUGACCAGAAUGCCCCUACCAAAACCCUUUCUUUGUUAGAAAAGACCUUUUGCGCCAGAGCCAAGACAGUAAUGGCUACUCAGAAGAAGAAGAAGAAAGGGAAGGAGGGGAGGGGCAUUCAAUCACAGAAUCAAGAAUCAGAUUGUUCAUACCUCUCCAGAUUUUCCAACGGAAGGGAAAUUGAAAAAAAAAAAAACCCAUAAAAAUCUAAGGUAAGAAUUUCAAAUCCAACGGCUAGAGCUUUUCCUUCUCUAUCCAUCUCUCUUCUGCAAAUCUCACGAAAAUGGCCAUGACCAAUUUCCAGAUAUCCAAAACAUCAUCCAUUCUCAAAUGGGUUUUGUCAAUUUCUACAGAAAAACAUCUAAAACCAUCAAAAUCCCCUUUUUCUGAACGCUGUAGAGCUUUCUACCCUGUAAAAAUCCCAUUUUGUUACAUCACUAUAUCUCUUUUCAGUUCACAACAUGCACUUUCGGAGGUGGGCCCAACACCCGGUUCCCAAACCGUAAGCCGAAACUCCAAUACUCACCGAACCGAAGCGCAAGCUGCUCUAUUGGACUACUUCCACUGCACCAAAGGUUUGAAUUUCUUCGACGCUGAGCACAUGAGCAUGAAUUCGCCAAUUUUCCUCAGAAAGCUUAUCAAAAAUAUCGAAAACGAGAAAGAAACCAGGCAGGCAUUAGCCAGGUUCCUUCAAUUCCACCCCAUCAACGAAUUCGAGGCUUUCUUUGAGAGCUUGGGUUUGGAACCGUUCGAGGUAUCUGCGCUUCUGCCAUGUGAUUCAAUAUAUCUCAGCAAUCCCUUGCUUACGAAUGUUCAUGUCCUGUGUAACUACGGAAUUCCACGUAGCAAGGUUGGUAGGAUUUAUAAGGAAGCAGCAGAGGUUUUCAGGUAUGAGGGUGGAGUGUUGGGCUCAAAAAUCCAGGCUUAUGAAAAACUGGGUCUGAGCAAAGCUAGUACUAUCAAGCUCAUCGUUUCGAGCCCUUCUCUUUUGAUUGGUGAUGUUAAUACAGAGUUUGUUAAGAUAUUACUGGAACUGAAGAGUUUGGGAAUUGAUUAUGAUCGGAUUUUGGGGCAUUUUUCCGAAAAGAAUUCAUAUGACUGGAACAAAAUGCUUGGAACAUUGCAUUUUUUAAGUCAAAUGGGGUAUAGUAAGGAAGAACUCGGAGGGAUUUUAAUAAGGAAUUCUGGGUUUUUGUUAGAUGGUUCAGGGAGUACAACAUAUUCUCUGAUUGGGCUGCUCUUGAAACUGAGUGUUACGAUGAAAGAGAUCAUGGGCUUGUUUUUGCAAUUCCCUUGUGUUCAAGUCAGUAGUUUCGUCGAGAAUUUGCGGCAAGGUUUGAAGUUUAUGAUUGAGAUUGAAAUGGAGGCUGAAGAGAUUGGAAACAUUGUCCGUUCUCACCCACAAGUAUUGGGUUCGUGUUCUUUGAAGAAGCCUAACAGCUUGUUUGCAAAAUUGAAUGUUGGGAAGAAACGUUUGUGCGGAAUAAUAAAGGAGGAUCCCAACCAGUUGAAGAAUUGGGUUUUGGGAUCAAAGAUUAGCCGUUUGCCUAAAUCCAACAAGGAUCAAAUAUCAUUGAUGCAGAAGACAGCAUUCUUUAUGAGUUUGGGUUUUGCCGAGAACUCAGACGAGAUGAAAAGGGCGCUAAAGGUCUGUCGAGGGAAAAGUGUCGAACUACAAGAGAGAUUUGAUUGUCUUGUGAAUGCUGGAUUGAAAUGGAAUGAUGCUUCUAACAUGAUCAAGGUCACCCCACAGAUUCUGAACCAGUCAAGAGAUUUGAUCGAGAAGAAGAUCAGUUUUCUUGUAAACUGUGUCAGUUACCCGUUAGAGUCAUUAGUAGCAUUUCCUUUAUAUGUGUCAUAUACAAUUGAGAGGGUCAAACUGAGGUAUUUAAUGUAUAACUGGCUCAAGGACGAAGGAAUGGUGAGUCCUGCAUUGGCUUUAAGUACAGUCCUUGCAUGUUCAGAUAAGACAUUUAUAUUACGUUUUGUGAAUCGUCACCCAAAGGGUCCUGAGGUUUGGGAAAAAUUCAGGAAAGAAUUGUCUUCAGGCUAAGCAUUAUCUUUUACUCAGCAUUUUAGUAUUGGAAAUAUUACCGAUUUUGUAUGUCUUUCUCACAUGCCAUUAACUAUUUAUUAUGAUGAGAGAGGAUCUAGUGCUGAAUGCUUAUAUCUUAGCUAUCAGUCACUCUAUCUUAUUACAUGCGGCACACAUGCAAGAAAUUUGGAUCAUUCAUUAGAUGGGUCGUACUCUGCAUGGGUGAUGCCUCAAAAAUCACAAUGGUGAGGUGGUUCUAGCUGCCAAUUGAGUAUUUACCAUUGGUUAGACUCUUUUUUAACUGUCCAUUUGUAACCAUUACAAGCCCUCAAAUCUAGGGCAAAGGAUCAUCCAACUGGUGGGAUGCAAUCUAGGGUACAACCCAACAGAUUAAUGGGUCCGGAUCUUGUACACAUGUACACAUGUAGAGAGAUAAGAGUGCUUGAUAACUAAGAUAUAAUCAUCAGCACUGCAUACUGUUCCUUUGUAAUUGAGGCUAUCUAUUAGUAAACUUCAUUUGGCAUAUGGACAACAUUCCUCCCAUGUAGGGCAAAA